AUGAUGAAACUUCAUUUAGAGAGAUUAUGUGAUUUUUCUCUUGGUCAAGACCUCGUGGGUGAUGGAGCCAGAAAUCACCAUUUGGAAUGUCAGCUCUUAAACACCAUCUUGGAACACUGCGUGGGGAAUCAUACUGGUUGACGUUCGUAGAUUUGUGGUCCUACUGGUCCUCUGUGCCAUCUGGCUCUUCCAUUGCGUCAUGUCUGUUACACUCCUCCCGCCUGCUGGUGUGUUGGCUCCAUGACAGCAGUUCAGCUACCGUGGCCUAUGUUUCCCCUUCAACCCACAGAGAGGUCAACCUGAAUCAACAUGUCUGGGACUGAAGAAGCACUUCUUAACGGCCGUGACAGCCGUCCUGCUGGUGGCAGCUCUGUAUUAUGCUUUGGUCAGUACCAAUACACAGCAGAAGAGUCCCAGGCCAUCCAGAGUGCUCUGAGGCAGAGGCUGGGCCCAGAAUACAUAAGUAGCCGCGUGGCUGGAGGAGGCCAGAAGGUGUGUUACAUUGAGGGUCACAGGGUAAUUAAUCUGGCCAACGAGAUGUUUGGCUACAAUGGCUGGGCACACUCGAUCACACAACAGAACGUGGAUUUUGUUGACCUUAACAAUGGCAAGUUCUACGUGGGCGUCUGUGCGUUUGUGAGAGUACAGCUGAAGGAUGGUUCGUAUCAUGAGGACGUGGGCUAUGGUGUCAGCGAGGGCCUCAAGUCCAAAGCCUUGUCUUUGGAGAAGGCGAGGAAGGAGGCAGUGACCGAUGGGCUGAAGCGAGCGCUGAGAAGUUUCGGGAAUGCACUUGGAAAUUGUAUUCUGGACAAAGACUAUCUGAGGUCACUAAACAAGCUUCCACACCAGCUGCCUCUUGAAGUGGACUUAACUAAAGCAAAGAGACAAGACUUUGAACCGUCUGUGGAACAAGCCAGAUAUAGCAGCUGCCGACAGAACCUGGCUCUGGGACCCCCCAAACCACAGGAGGUGACGUCCCCUUGCAGACCAAGCCACCACGUCGUGACACGGGGGACGAGGACAGCAGCUGGGUGCGGCCGCGUGCCCUCCCCGCCCCUGCUCCUUCCCAGAAGCCCGACCUCCACUGCCACAGAGAGCGAUGCCACGUACCAGCGGAAGCUCCGGCAAAGACAGCUGCAGCAGCGGUUCCGGGAGCAGAUGGAGAAACGGCAGCAGGACGCCCCGUCGGGCCCACCCGCCGAGAAGCAAGGCCCUGCAGCGCUGCCACCGGUGCCACCUGCCGGAACUGCUGCUUCAGAACCGCUCACCCAGACAGACGUGCUUCCAGACAGUCUUGAAAUGUGGGACAUGGCUCUAGAUGCAGGGGACAGUGUGGUCAAGCCCUUGUCUAAACCGGAACCGCCACAGGCCCGUGCCACCUCCGUCCUGCAGAACAAGAUGGAGACCUGGAACAGGACCCCACAGAGCCUUUGCCACCAGAAUCCACAGGCAAAAUCUGGACCCUGGCACCUUCAAACUUACAACCUUAACCAACACAUAACAGGAGACGGUGAUUCAUACAGGAAGAACCAGGACACAAAGAAAAGGAAAUUGGAUCCAUCUUGACCAAGGCUCCGUUCACCUCACUGGAUUCUGUCACAGAGGGACUUUCAAAAACCGCUUCUUGGUCAUGACACGACUCACCGUUCCGAGGGAGUGAGCUUUACCUCCGGGGCUUCACCUUGCGUCGUG